AUGUUCAUUCUUUAUGACAAUAUCAGUAAAUGUUCAUUAUAUCGUGAUUUGUUGACUGAUUCAAUUAUUUAUUGUUUUCUUCCUUUGAUCGAUUUUAAUAAAAUUCUUGGUUCAGUCGAUCAUCAACAAUAUAAAUUUCCAUUGACAACAGUAAAUAUCGAUAGUAUUGUUGGUUUACCUAAACCUAAAGAUAUUGAUAUUAGAAAUAUUGAAUCAAAUGAAGAAUUUCUUUUUCGAUUUAUUCAACAAAUAAAUGAAUGGUUUGAUUGGUUUGAUCGAUUUAUUGAUAUUUUUCAAUAUAUUAUCGAUUGGUUAAAAAAUCAUAAUGUUAAUUAUUCGAAUCAAUUAUUUAUUGAUUUAUUAAAUAUUCGUUAUGAUUCUAAAAUGACAUUUAUUGAGAUGAGAAUAAUUAUUGAUCGUAUUUUGAAAAUUUUACAACCAUUCAAAGAUCUUCAACAUCUUUGUUAUCUAUUCAAUUGUUUAAUUUCAUUAGAAAUACUUAAUCCAGGAACAUUAAAUAUUCAAGAUAAUACAAUGAAAUUUCUUACAGAAUUAAAACGUUUUCAACCUAAUAAUACAUUUACAGUAGAAGAUAGAACUACUUAUGAACACAUUAUAUAUAUUAGUGAUCGUCAACAAGUUCAAUGGUCAUUAGUAAGUGAAAAUUAUCCAUGUCAUAUUAAACUAGAAUAUCGAAUACAUGGAAUGAAUAAUCAAUAUGAAAUAUUAUAUCAAAAAGAAAAUGUUCCUAUACAUAAAAAUAUUCUUCAUGGUCAAUUUGAAAGUCAACGUAAUGGUCAAUUAUUAAUAACUAUUAAUAAUAAAAAUAGUUCAACUUCAAGAAUUAUUUGGUAUCAAAUUAAAUCAAUUAGUUUAUCAACUUGUCAUUUAUUUGAUGGUAUUUUCAAUAUAUAUUAUAAUAAAUAUUAUCAUGAAACUUCACAAAUGAUUUCCGAACAAGAUUUUAGUCAAUUACUUGAUGAAGUUUUUGAUUUUAUAAAUAAACUUUUAAAUGGUAAUUUAAGUUUACAAGCUAUGACAGAAUUACGAACUAUUUUCUAUGAUAAAAAUAUUAAUA